AUCAAAUCAAUUAUGAAGGUAGAAUGCCAGCAGGGGACGAGGUGUGUCCCAGUGUGUUCCAUGUGUAACUAACUGCCUGAAGGGCAAAUGUCGUGGGUAUAUGCUUGGUGCAAAGAAUUCCUGGCUUUCAGGGAACAAGUUUGUUCCCUUGAAGCCAAGGUGGCUGACGUGAAGAAGCUCAGAGAGGCAUAUCGGGGAGUCAUCUCCAGAGGACACAAACUGGCUUUAACUUAAUGUCCAGCUCCUUUCCAUCACAUGUCAAGUUCCAGAGACGAUGAGAACUCUCUUACCUAAGACCUUCCUCCUUGCCUGCAUUGUGGCCACCAUCCAGGCCAAGAUCUUCGGUCGCUGCGAGUUGGCUCGUGUGCUGAAGGAUCAUGGGAUGGAUGGAUUCAGAGGUUACAGCCUGGCCAACUGGGUCUGCAUGGCAUUUUUUGAGAGCGGCUUUGACACGAAGGCGAUUGAGAAGAAUGAAGACCAAAGCCAAGACUUCGGUAUCUUCCAGAUCAGCAGUGAUUGGUGGUGUAAAGCUGACAUCCCCUCAGAGAACCUGUGCUAUAUCUCUUGCAAUGAGUUGCUGAACUCUAAUAUUGAAGAUGACAUCCUGUGUGCCAAGAGGAUUGCAGCAGAUCCCCAAGGCAUGGAAGCUUGGGAUAAGUGGAAAACACACUGUCAACACAAAGACCUGAAAAAGUGGGUGAAUGGGUGUACGUUUUGAGGAGGUACCUGGCUACUGUCCACCCACCUUCUCCGAUAUCAACAAUACAAACCUGAUUGUUGGAUUAAACAUAAAAACCUUCUG